CAACCUCGGCCAUUACCACAUCUCCAGUGUUCCAGCUCGCAUAAGUGAAAUGGAGCCGGUGAAUUAAUUAUCAGAUGAAUAAAAAUGCCUCGCUUUGAGACAAUUCACGGCAUCGUGGAGCCGGUAGAGGGAUACCGCCUUGGGGGAUACCAUCCAGUCCACCUGGGCGAUACCCUGGAUGGGAGAUAUGAGGUCAUUGGGAAGCUGGCAUUCGGGCAAUCCUGCACGGUCUGGCUGGCAAAGGAUCAAGACGACCACCAGGUUGCAUUGAAAAUCCUCAAAGCCGAUGUUUCCGAGGCCAGCCGAGAACUCUCUACUCUUCUACGCUUAUCUGCACCAGGUGCUGACCAUCCAGGCCAGAAUCAUGUCAUUCAACUACUGGAUCAUUUCCACCAUGACGGUCCCAAUGGAACGCAUCUCUGUCUCGUGUUUCCGGCGAUGAUAUCUAACGGCGAGGCGAUGACGAUCCGAGGAAAGCCUCGGGAGGCGGAAUAUGUGCGAAAUAUCUCCAAACAGAUCUUGCUUGGUCUGGACCUUCUCCAUGCAGCGGAUAUUGCGCACUGCGAUCUCCAACCAGCGAGCAUACUCUUCACGGUGGCCGGGCUCACGCAAAAUGAGCUUCUUCUGCAACCCCCAGAGCUUAGCACGGUCAAAUGGCUUGAGGGGGUGGAAGCUGAUAGUAGCGCUCCAGAGUACCUGGUGGCUUCGCAAAUACGUCGGGGUGAGCUUGACGAUGCAGAUGCGUCUACGCUGCUAGUUAGGAUUGGGGAUCUGGGGGGAGCUAUCUCGAGCCGAAAUCGCGACACAGUCCCAGUAGCUCCCUCCGCUCUACGCGCGCCUGAGCUGAUUCACGGAGAACCUUGGGAUAAAACCAUUGACAUCUGGGCGCUGGGCUGUCUUAUAUUCGAACUAGCAACCAAUGAGCCCCUUUUUCCCCUGGGAACUUUUGGUCUCGGAAAGGACCAAAUUGAUAGGGAACAUAGUCGCCUUAUCAACCAGCUACUGGGCGAUGAGAAACGGACGCGGGAGCACUUUACCAGGUACCUACGAGAUAGAUUGCCAACUGACUUUGGCGGGGAGGAUCUUUGGCUACUUGUUUCGUUUCUGUUGUCCAUGCUGCAGAUAGAGCCUAAGAAGAGAUUGUCGGUGGAGAAGUUACUCAGCCAUCCGUUUCUGAUGGGGGUAGUUGAUGGAUGAGGUUCUUGAUCCAAUGAGGGUGGCUAUCUGUAGUCUUGAGAUGAAUAUCCAUUGAUUGAUUGGUUG